AUGGUUUUCCACAAACCACCGUCAGUAAUCAUUAGCAAAGACCAAGACGAGUUGAAGGAGAAUGUGCAGAAAUUUCUGACGGCACGAAUACAGCAUUUGCUCGAAUACCACGGCAACAUAAAUAUUGGCGUGUCGGGCGGCUCGAUGCCCAAAUUACUGUGUGAAGUCUGGAAGGAGAUGGGUACGAUCAUUCCUUGGAAAAAGAUGCGGAUCUUCAUGGUCGACGAGCGUAUCGUUCCGAUUACACACCCGGACAGCAACUACGGACAGUACAUUGCAGAGCUUCCAGAGGAGGUUUUCCAGACAUUUUUGAUUUGUCUUAAGCUCGAAUUCAGCUUCAUAAGUACGUGAUUCCCGCACCGAUACAGGAACAGGACUCUUUGCACCAAGCAGCUCACAACUACGAAACGACUUUGAGAAAAGAGAUCGCUCCUGAACAAAUGGGUUCGACUGCCCGGUUCGACAUUCUUUUACUAGGGGUGCGUCGCAAUUUCUAUUUUCACAUUGAAAAAAACGUUGAAAUACUUGAAUUAUUGUAAGUGAUCUUUCAAUCGAUUUCCACUUUUCAUUAAUAAUGACAUGAAUGGUGCUUGACAAAAUGGAGUUAAAUGUAUGUUUUGCAGGUAAUAUAAGUUUGAAUUUUGGUACCGCUUUUGAUUCUAUGGUAUUUUUGUUGUUCAAACAUUUCUUUAUUCUUUAACUUGGUCGGUUUUUGAGUGUAUAAUUAAAGAUUUUUUUAUACCUUCGCCCCUCUUCCAAAACUUCAAAUUUGCGCGAAUAGCGAAAACUUUAUUCUCCAAAUAUUAGUGUCUUAGAUUUUUAAAUUUCUGGAAAUUUUGUAAGUAAAAUGACGUAACCCACUUAUAAGGAAAAUAGGGUAUGGGUUUUGAACGAUUUGUCAGUGGUUAGUCUUUCAUUUAACAAAGAUUUAUAAGACUUUAUCUAUUUUGAAAGUAAGGGGUGAAAAAGAUAAUAUUUCUCAAAAAAGUGUUCAUCACACAAUUUUAUGAAAGUUCGGUGAAAACCUACAUUAAUACCACGUCAGGUUGGACCAGACGGACACACGUGCAGCAUUUUCCCGAGCACAGGGACCGAGCGGCGGAGACUGCCCAAGCUGACAGACUUCAACUGGGUUUCGGCAGUGAGCGACUCGCCGAAACCGCCGCCCAAGCGGAUCACACUCACGAUGCCGGUCCUGAACGCGGCCAAGAACGUGGCGUUCAUCAUCACCGGCAAGGAGAAGGCGCACGUCGUCAAGAGCAUGUACACCGCAGCGACUUCCAACACUCUUCCGCUCGCCUCCCAAUCCAUUCCCGCCGCCCAAGUCCGACCGAUGAACAACAAUUUGUGGUACUUCAUCGACGACGCCGCCGCUUCCGAACUCAAAUCCAUACCUCCCGUUCCCGAAGACGCUAUUCCUCCCGCCGACGACGAGGAAGAAGAGGAAGAGGAGGAGGGCGACGACGAGGAAGACGAAGAAUAA